AUGGGCGCAAUAGCCAGGGCAGCUCCAACUAGCUCUCUUGAUUGGAAAGAUAAAGCAAGGCUGAAGCGGGAGGUCCGGGAUGACCCAUACGGUGCAGACCACCACCGCAUGAAAAAGGAGGCGUUAAUGAAGGAGGGGAGGAGCGAGAGCAUGGGUUCUCCUGGUGCAUCCGGUAGGCUACGCAUGGCUGCACCCAGGAGUGUGGAAGACCUUACGUGGGAGUCGGAACGAGUGAACACCCUAAUCGCGGACAUGAAGACCUGCCCUAGAAACCCCAAACCCCGCACCCUCCCCUCCCCGAUGCCUCUUUUGGGAUCGUUGUCAACCGGCCCAUCCUCAUCGGGCACCGAUCCCAGCCAAGUUGCAGAAAGCACACCCGCAGAAGGGCAACCCAUCUGUCGCCGGCAUGGCAUGCCCAAACUCAAGCUCAUGAGGGCGAGCAUGGCAUCACCCUUCGCUGCUCCUUUGCUGCCCCUCUGCUGCCCCUUGCUGUCCCCUGUGCUCUCUUAUCCCUCCGCUGCCUCUUGCUGUCCCGUCUACUCUCUCAUCUUUCUGCUUCCUCUUGCUGUCCCCUGUGCUCUCUCAUCUCUCUGCUGCCCCUUGCUGUCCCCUGUGCUCUCUCAUCCCUCUGCUGCCCCUUGCUGUCCCCUUUGCUCUCUCAUCCCUCUGCUCCCUCUCACUGUCCCCCGUGCUCUCUCAUCCUAUCCACUCGUCUAUCUCAGCUUCAUUUCAUCGAGGCACGGGACCGGAUGUGCAUGGAAGCUCCCGACCAUGCCUUAG